UUAAACUUUAAAUGCUAAUUUCUUCAUUUGAGACUCUUCUGAUCUGGGGAGAUACGAAGUUCAAAAUCUACCUUUUCUACCCAGAUCACUAGGGUUUCUCCGAUCGCCAUGGAAGCUAUUCGGACUCCCUCUACUUCUCUGCCCUCUCUCCCCAAGCUCGAUUUGCGCAACUCGAGGAGACUAAGAUUGAGGAUCAGUACAAGUAACCGCAGCGAAAUUCGUGGGAUUUCCUCCUCCAAUCAGUCCAUCAAAUUUUCAUCUCCUUCUCUCUUUGCACUUCACACUUCUCAUGGAAUUCGAUCGGAACUGAAAGCUUCUGGCGUUCGUUGUUCGGCAGCAGCCGAUACUUCUGCUUUCGUUUCGGAUAAUAGUCCGUCGGAGCUUCCAGCCAAGUUCUUGGGCGUGGAAGUCAGCACACUGAAGAAGGUGAUACCUUUGGGGCUUAUGUUCUUCUGCAUUCUCUUCAAUUAUACUAUUCUUCGGGACACCAAGGAUGUGCUCGUCAUUACUGCCAAGGGGAGCAGCGCUGAAACUAUUCCCUUCUUGAAGACUUGGGUUAAUUUGCCUGCUGCUAUUGGUUUCAUGAUUGUCUACAGCAAGCUCUCCAAUGUCCUGUCGAAGGAAGCACUUUUCUACGCCUGUAUGUUUCCGUUCAUCGCUUUCUUUGGGGUAUUUGCGUUCCUACUCUACCCGAACGUUAAUGUUAUCCAUCCCACUGCGUUGGCUGAUCGCCUUCUGGAAAUUCUUGGCCCCAGCUUCCUUGGCCCAAUCGCCAUACUUAGGAUAUGGAGUUUCUGCAUCUUCUAUGUUAUGUCUGAGCUUUGGGGAAGUGUCGUGGUUUCCUUGCUUUUCUGGGGCUAUGCUAAUCAGAUCACUAAUGUGGAUGAAGCGUCUCAAUUCUAUCCACUGUUUGGUCUUGGAGCAAAUGUUGCUUUGGUUUUUUCAGGCCGUACUGUGAAAUAUUUCUCCAAUCUGCGCAAGAAUUUUGGACCAGGUGUUGAUGGAUGGGCUGUAUCUCUUAAAGGAAUGAUGAGCAUUGUCGUGGCGCUGGGUCUUCUUAUAUGUGGAAUCUAUUGGGGAAUGAACAGAUAUAUUAAGACAGAAGGUGGGAGGAAAAAGAAGCAGGAGAAAACCAAAAUGGGAACAAUGGAAAGCAUGAAGUUCUUGUUAUCUUCAAGGUACAUCAGGGAUCUUGCAACCUUGGUGGUUGCCUAUGGGAUCAGUAUCAAUCUUGUUGAAAUUACAUGGAAAUCGAAGCUCAAGUCUCAGUUUCCUACUCCAAAUGAAUACUCUUCUUUCAUGGGUGAUUUUUCAAGCUGCACAGGAAUUGCAACAUUUACAAUGAUGCUGCUCAGUCGAUUCAUCUUCCGGAAAUUUGGGUGGGGUGUUGCAGCUGCCAUCACACCCACCAUUCUACUUGUCACGGGGAUUGCAUUUUUUUCAUUGAUUUUAUUCAGUGAUCCAUUGGGUCCUUUGUUUGGCAAACUUGGGUUGACUCCACUUCUUGCAGCAGUGUACAUUGGUGCUGUACAGAACAUCUUUAGCAAGAGUGCUAAGUACAGUUUGUUUGACCCCUGCAAAGAGAUGGCUUAUAUCCCGUUGGAUGAAGAAACAAAGGUCAAAGGCAAAGCAGCCAUUGAUGUGGUUUGCAAUCCUUUAGGGAAAUCAGGGGGAGCUUUGAUUCAACAGUUCCUCAUUUUGACCUUUGGCUCCCUUUCAAAUUCAACACCUUACCUGGGAGGGAUAUUACUUGUUAUUGUGCUAGCCUGGUUGGCUGCUGCUAGAUCAUUGGACCGUCAAUUCACCCCAAUGGUGAAGAAGGACCUUAAAGAUAAGCUCAUCGAGGGUAAGAUUUCAGCCAUAAACACAAGGCUCUCUGGAAAGCUAGAGCCGAAGCAGGGAAUUAGGUAUCGCUUUGUCAGUACCUUGAACUCAAUGGGUUUUAUUGAGGGGAAAUAUGUACCCAUGGUUGAAGGCGUCUCUUCUAGUGGGGGGAUUCAGCAUCUCACUGUGAGGGAGCUUGGCAGAAAAUAUCAGUUUGAGCAACCGGUAGCAACUGGUAUACAGUCAAGUGGAACAGAGGGUGAUAACCAUGACGGAAAUGGCCAUGUAUCACCUGAGUCAACAAGUGAGAAUAAGAUCCCCAGUGAAUCUUUGUAGGCUAGGUAUACGGAGGUUGUGUGGUUUUAAAACUUUGAGCUGUUGGAAGCACCUUCGGAAAUGUAACCUCAAUACCCCACAAGUUAUGGAUAAAAGGAUUGCCUCUUCUUGUACCUCUGCACACUAGAUGGUCAACUAAAAGAUUGGAAUGCCGGUGAUGAUGGUUCACCGUCGUUGCUGAUGACCAUAAUAAUGAUCAUGACAAGUCACAAUUAUGCUGAUGCUGAGAUAAAUUGAAUGAUGAUAGUUAGAAAAAAGCUUGAAUUCACCAGUACUUGUAGUGGAGUCAGAAAAUAAAGCUUCCAAAGCAGAGGUAUUUAUGAAAUACCUUUAUAUUUUGCUUGUAUAUUGGUUUCUCAGUUUUGCCCGUUUAUAUUGUUCUAUCUGUAUAACUGACUUCCAUCUUAUAGACCAACUUUCCCAUCUUUUCCUUUUAAAAUUUUAGUUUCAUUAAU